ACUUGAUCAAUCAGACCAAGCUGCUCUGGACGGCUCUUUGCGUCUACCUCUUCCUCCAUAAACCCUUCUCCCUCCAGCAAUGCGGUGCCAUGGGCAUGCUGCUACUGGCGUCCGUGCUCCUCUCGGCGCCUACUGCCAGCGACGCCGACGUCGAGGCCAUAACGAUUUCGUCCACGCGCUUCUACUACGGCUACGUUCCUGUCGUCGGCGCCUCCAUCUUGUCGGGCGUCGGCGCUGCGCUCACUCAGCUCUCCCUGCAAACGCAUGGUCGCGAUGCGUCGCUGGUGACGAUUGAGCUCUGUGUCUUUGGCGCUGUCUUCCUCCUCGCCAACCUCGCCGCCGCUCCCGGCGCUACCUUGGACUUUGGCGGCUGGACAACAUGGACACUUGUACCCGUGUUUACCAACGCGCUCGGCGGGCUGCUCGUCGGCACGGUGACGCAGCUCGCGGGUGGCAUCAUGAAGUCGUACGCACUCGUCGGCGGCAUCCUCCUCACGGCGGGCGCCGAGGCGCUGCUUGACACGGACGCCCCUGUGCUUUCGCUGCGCAUGGGCCUCGCGACGGCCCUCGUCAUGUCGAGCAUGAUCAUCUACAGCAAGUACCCGUACCAAGCCAAGGCCAAGCAAGUCUAGCACAGGUCCUCCUAGACGCUUCAUCCCAUAGACGCCCGUAAUCAUACCAAUCGAUGUGUGUAUUUUACAAGAUGAACGAGUCGGCCGC